AGGAGAGCGAGAUGCCGCGGCGUGACGUCAUGUCCCCGCGACUCCUGAGAGACAGAGAGAGAAAGAGAGGCCUCCCUGCCUAGCAACGCGAAGAAAGGGGUCCUUAGCAACCAAACGCGGCCUAGUCAGGGAGGCUUCAGAGAGAGAGGAAGGAAGGAAGGGGCGGUGAAUGGCGGCGCCGGGCCCGGCCCCGAGGCCCGAGGAGCCUGCCCAGGCCUCGCUGCCUCCGCAGGGGCCUUCUCAAGGCGAGCCGGCGGGGCCUCCUCCGCUCCCGGCGCCUCCACAGCAACAGCAGGCCCAGCAGCCGACUUCCCAGCCUCCGCAGCAGCAGCAGCAGCCUUCCCCGGCCGAGGCCAAGUUCCAGGCGCCGGCCCAGCCUCCGGCCCAGUCCUCGGCCCCGCAGGCCUCGCCCACCGCGGCGCCCCCGAGCCACGAGCAGGCCUCCUUCCUGCCCCUCGUCCACGACGUCAUCAAAUGUAUGGACAAAGACAGCCAGGAUGUCCACCAGAUGCUGAACGAACUGAGGACCAAAUUUGUGGAGAUGCGGAAGCUGAUCAAGUCCAUGCAGGGCAUUGGCAUGAGCCCCGAACAGCAGCAGGUGCAGCUCCAAAACCUCCGGGAGCAAGUGAAAACCAAGAGCGAGUUGCUGCAGAAGUACAAGAGCCUUUGCAUGUUUGAGAUCCCCAAGGAAUAAGAAAGGAAGUGAAUCUGCCCCUUCUUUUCUAGGGCACAGAAUGAGGAUGUGUCUACGCUGUAAUGUAGUUCGACACCACUUUAAUUGCCGUGGCUAAUGCUAUGGGAUCAUGGGAGAUGUAGUUUGACAAAAUGUUGGUGCCUCACCAAAUUAUGACUCUCUAAGAUUCCAUUGCACUGAAUCAUGGCAAUUCAAGUGGCAUCAAGCUGCAUCAGUUCUGCACUCUGGGCCAUGUACAGUUCUUAAUAGGGUCUUUGCCUGGUAUAUCACUUAUUCCUGGGACUCUUGUGUUUUGAUGGACUCUCAUCGGUGGAACCCACGGUUGGUUUUAUAUUUUGCAAUGUUCUUCAGGACCAUUUUUUGGGUACUCUUCCUAUAUAAUGUGUAAUUUAUACGUGAAAAGUCAGUGCUGCAAACAUGUUCAUAAACAAAUAGAAAUGGAUGGGGGAACUACAUGUUAGAACACAACCAAAUUCAGGAAAAUAAUAUGCACUCCUUGCCUGACCUUUCUCUUGAGAUACUAUAUUUUAGAUGCAUUUUUUGCAAUGCUCCUCAGGGUCAGUUUUUGGGGGGUUCCGCCUAUGAUUUCAUAUUAAAUGCUGGUGUGGGAUAGAGUUCCAUACUUGAAAAACUACCUAUACUUUUUUUAAAUCCUUGCUCCUAAAAAGCGAUAGUGUCAGGGAGCCUGACUUUCCUCUUGAGAGGUUAUAUCGCUAGCUGCAAAGAGUGCAGUAUUUUUCAGAAGGUGUUUUUGUUCUGACUGCCACCUUUUUCAUUUGUAGUGUGAACAUCUGAUUGUAGCAAUGAUUUUUCCUGUAGAAAAAUCAAUGAGAAGCAGAAAGGAGGGCGGGAAACAUUUUUUCUAAUACAUCCCACUCUCAGCUCCAUUAGAAAACAAUUAUCCUGUUCCUUCUGUGAAGGACACCAGCGGGAGGAAGCAGCAGGGAUGCCGAGGUUAUGUUUAUUCGAAAUCUGCAGAACUAGAACAGAGAGUGAUUCAUGGAAGCUUAUGGGAUAGUUGGGAUCGGGUCAAUGUUGUGUCCUGAUUUUUAUGGGAUUCUGUCAAAAUUUGUAACCAGGGCCUCAGCAUACACAUAUGUUGUCUGUGUGUACAUAUCUUUUUCAAAUAUUAUUUUUUGUGUUGUUUAUUUUGAAUAAAUGCUUGUUUCUUUAA